UUAAUCACAAUGCAUUUUCCUGGCUACUCAGGUUUAAUGGAUGCCCCAAAUUAUGAAAAUGAGAGUGAAGAAGCUACUUUAAUGGAAACUUUCAAUGAUUGUAGUGGAGAACUCAAAGUGGGAAUGAAUGUUUUUUCGGAAGAUGAAGCUUACAACCUCUACAAUGAGUAUGCCUUGAGAAAGGGUUUUAGCAUUCGUAGAGGAAACAAGCGUCCAGAUUUGAAUGGAAUCUUACGACAACGCGAAUACUUGUGCUCAAAAGCUGGGUAUCGCAAAAUUGGGAGUAUUAGUGAAGUGAAAGAAUUUAAUCAUUUGGAGACAAGAACGGAUUGUAAGGCCAGAAUUCGAUUUACGAUUGAUAAUGGCAUUUGGACAAUUUCCCACUUGAAUGAUGAUCAUAAUCACGAGCUUGCAAGUCCAGAAGAGAGGCGAAAUUUAAGAUCCGGAAGGAAAGUGCUGAAAGCAUAUGGGGAUGUUAUCACCUCAAUGGUCGCGGCAGACUUUUCUAGAAGCUAUGGGGAAUCGACAACCGAAGAGUAUUUUUACUGAUCAAGAUCAAGCAAUGGCUAACGCGAUAGAGGUAGUGUUCACUGGAGCACGCCACAGAUUGUGUAUGUGGCACAUUUCAAAUAAUGCUAAGCAACAUCUAGCUGGACUAUUUACAAAUGCAAGUUUCAAAGCUUUAUUUGACAAGUGUUUUUAUGGGUGCUAUGAUUCAAUUAAAUUUGAAAGCGAUUGGGCUGAUAUGGUUGAAAUGUUUGGACUAGAGAAUCAUUCUUGGCUUAAAAGAUUGUAUGAUCUUAGGGAAAAAUGGUGUCCUGCUUUUAGUGUAGACUUUUUUUCGGCGAGGAUGAAAUCCUCCCAAAGAAGUGAGAGUACUAAUAGUGUUUUUCAUCAAAUUAUGCGGAAGCCUAUGUCUCUCCUACAAGUUAUUCAAUAUUAUGAGGAAAAGGUUGAAGAAAUGCGGCGAGAUGAAAGAAGUGAUGAUUUUCGAUGCAAAAAUGGUGCGCCACCAAAGGUAAGUAAGCGUGGUAUUUUGAAUCAUGCAUCUAAGGUGUACACUCUUGUCAUGUUUAGUAAGUUUGAAGAGGAAUUGUUGGAUAGCUUUGGAUUGAAUUGUGUUCAAAUUAGUUGCAAUGGGACAACUUCCAUCUAUCAUGUAACAGAGGAUGGCCGUCAAAGGGUGCAUAUUGUUCAAUUUGAUCUUUCCAAUGAUGAAAUCUCUUGUAGUUGUAAGUUGUUUGAGAUUUUGGGAAUAUUGUGCAAACAUGCUUUAAGAGUGCUUGUUAUGAAAAAUUACAAAGAGAUACCUGAACCCUAUAUCUUAAAGAGAUGGAGCAGAAGUGCAAAGUCGGGGAUAGAAGGUGUUGUUGGAGAAUCAUUGCACCAAGAAGGAAAAUCUACUCGCUCAUUGCGCCUUAGUGAGUUGAAUCAUAUGGGGCAAAAUGUUUUUGAUAAGGGCUCAUUAUCUCUUAAAUGCACUGAAAUUGUUAAGGAUAAAUUAAGGGAGGCAUUGAAGAUGGUUGAAGAGGAGAUAGCAAAUUUAGAUAGUGUAGACGAUCUUAAUUGUCUUGAAGAAGAUAUCAUCACUUGUGUUGAAGAAAUGCCUAGCCCUACUGAUGAUAGGCCUGUGCUUGAUCCUUUACGCAUUCGGACGAAAGGAAGCACCAAUGCUAGAAUAAAAAGUUACUGGGAAAAGAAGAAGCGGAAGACACGUAGAGUUUCAGAAAAGCCUCAAAUGCCACAUCCAAAUCACAUGGUGACUGGACAAAAAAGGAAAUCAAGGAUUGGAGACUCUCAAUUCUCCUUUCCUCAAGCAAGUAGUUCGACACUCAUCAAUCCGGUGUUACAACAGUUGGAAGUUCCCAUGAGUGCAAACAAUCAUAACCAGGUUAAUCCAACUAGUGUAUAUGACCAAUUCACCAUCCCCACUCAGGUUUCUUCUUCAAAUUCGGAGUUUAAUUCUCCCCGUUUCAGCUAUAUGAGAUUGCUAGUUGAGGAAGAUGCAAUACCGUAGUUGAGUCAAGAAUGGAAAUGCUACCACCAUAGAAAUGAAACAAGCAAGAUAUUUAGGGAAUGUAUUUUUUUUUUGCAAGGAAUGAUAUAAUGGUUGUAGUUUUUG